AAAAGUCUGUCACGGGGAAGGUUUAGUUCUUGCCAGGCGAAACUUGAAGGAGUACACAUCGUGAACAUGGCUGGUUAUGGAGGUUACGGCAGCGGUUGGAACAGCGGAUCCAGAGGAUAUGACGGGUAUGACCCAUAUGAGUCCUAUGACUCUAGGGCUUCACUGAAUGACCGUGAUCUAUACAGAUCCGGGUAUGGUUAUGGUGAAGCUGGACCCGACUACGACGCCUAUGGAGGUCGCUAUGACAGCUCCUACGGGAACCGCAGGGACCAGACCCAGAACAGAAUGCGAGGUCAGAGCUGGGCCAGAGAAGGUCGAUUCAAACCCAUGGUAUCUACAGGUUCCGGGCGUGGCGGCGGACGGCCGCAGAUGGGAGUUCGGGGCCUUGGUGCUUCCACUCCCAGACUCCCUUCUCUCUUCUCCCAGAACAUUAUGCCUGAGCUCAGCAUGUUCCAGGGAAUGAGAGCUUUCUCUGGGAAGCGCUUUGGAGGAGCUUUAGGAUUUAACAACAAACAGCGCCAGAAGAGAAACAGAAUUCGGGACAAAGACAAACAACAACAGAAGAAAAAGGGCAAAAAGGAAGAGACUGGCAAGAAAAGAAAACAGUCAAACAGUGGCGAUGAACCAGAUAGUAAAGUUGCAAAGACCGACAACUCCGACUCUGAGACUGAAGAAAAAGGCGAAGACCAGGCUAAAUCGGAUACAGAAGGCAAAGAGGAAGACGGAGAGGACAAGAAGUCGGGUGCUCUGACUAUUCAAGAAGAAAUCAAGCAAAUAAAAUCUAAACUUCAGGCUGGCAAGAAAAACCAAGAGCGACAGAAGAAAAGGCAGCGUGAUCGUAUGGUUGAAAGGAUUCAGUUGGUUUGUUCUUUGUGCAAGUUCCGCACUUUUUAUGAAGAUCAGAUGCACAGCCACUUGGAGAGUAAAUUCCAUAAGGAGCACUUCAAAUUUAUUGGGACCAAGUUACCAAACAAGACUUCAGAGUUUCUUCAGGAGUACAUUUUGAACAAAUGCAGAAAGACAGAAGAUCGACGCAAGACUGUUGAAGAUAUCAAUGCAGCAAUCCAGCAAAUACAGAAAGAUCAGGAUCUUACUCUUGAUAUCGGUAUGGAGCACUUUGUUAAAAAGGUAGAAGCUGCUCACUGUGCUGCCUGUGAUCUCUUCAUCCCAAUGCAGUAUGCCAUCCUACAGAAGCAUUUGAAAUCUGCUGAUCACAACAGAAACCGUAAGGCAACAAUGGAGCAAUCCAAGAAGACCUGUCUGGUAGUAGCGAGGAGCAUUCUUAAUAACAAACUUAUCAGCAAAAAACUAGAACGAUAUCUCAAGGGUGAGGAUCCUUUCACAGAAGAAGCAGAAAAGGAAGACCAGGAAGGAGAGGGAGCCAAAGAAGCUAAAGAGGGUGGUGAGGGUGAAGGUGAAAAAACUGAGGAAAAUGUGGAGGGUGGGGAUGAAACUGCAGAGGUAAAAGAGGAAGAGGAGGGGGGUGAAGAAACUAUUCAAGAGCCUACAGAGGAGUUGGACCAAACCAUUACUGAAGAGGAUGGGAAGGCAGAAGAUGCUGAAGGUGAUGAAGAGGAGGAAGAAACUGAAGCUGUGGAGUAAGCACUGCAGUUUGCAUUCUGACUGUUUUAAAAAUGAACCAAGCCUGCCCUCUGGUUUCACUACUCACUGUAUUAUACACGAUUGUGUAUUCUGAAGUACAACUUCAGGUGGAAAAUGUGAGCUUUACUGUGAUGGUGUUCCUUGAGGCACAAUUAAUACUUUCUGCUGUGAUAUUUCUGUUAAUGUUAUGAAUGUGACAUUUGUUAACAUUUUUAUAAUGAGUUUUCUUCAUGUUUCUGUUUAAAUUGCCUGAUUUAAUGUGGAGCAACAAGAUAUUUUGGGUUCAUUAAAGGUUUUAAUUAACUAAAA